CCCUGCUCUGACAAUCGGUUACGUGGUGCUGGCAGCUCCCGCUGGAAGCCUCGCACAAUGCUGCACGCAGCAGCGACUGCAACCAGGAAUAAGACCCCAGGAUGAGGGUGGGAAAGCCCCCCACUAACACUGCAUCAUGAGGAUCCACUGCAAGCUCUUGGCCAGCCUGCUCUGUCUGGGGGGAGUUCUGAUCCUGUAUCUCUUCCUGGGGAAUGCUGAGGAGGAGCCCCAUGUGAAAGGAACCCCAAAAGCCAAUGCACUUCAAGCCACGUCUGGACAUGGCAGGGCACGGCCCCCCACCCCUGGGCACUUCAGGGCUAUGCAGGACCACAAAGCCCAGAGACACCGCAAGAUGAAGAAUAAGAAGAUGAGUGAAAUGAAGGCUAAGGGGCCAAGUCUUAGAGAGCAGGAGCUUAAGAAAAGACCCACCAUGCCUGAAGAAUGGAUGCAUCUUGCUGUUGUAACAUGUGGGGAUCGUUUAGAAGAGACUGUUACAAUGCUGAAAUCUGCUAUACUUUUCAGCAGAAAAAGGAUUACAUUUCACAUCUUUGCAGAGGAUUCCUUAAAAACAGAGUUUGAAAGCAAAUUUAAAGAAUGGCCAAGUGCCGCCUCCAGAAAGUAUGAAUAUAACAUUUACCCAAUUACAUUUUCGGUUGGAAACGCUGAGGAAUGGAAGAAACUAUUCAAACCCUGUGCUGCUCAACGUCUCUUUCUUCCGAUGAUCUUGAAAGAUGUGGAUUCCUUGCUGUAUGUGGACACGGAUGUUUUAUUUCUGAGGCCUCUGGAUGACAUCUGGGCAUUUUUGCAUCAAUUCAAUGACACUCAGCUGGCAGCCAUGGCUCCAGAACAUGAGAUACCAAAGAUUGGCUGGUACAGUCGCUUCGCCAGGCACCCGUUUUAUGGAACAACUGGAGUUAACUCUGGGGUUAUGUUAAUGAAUUUAACUCGCAUCAGAAAAACACAAUUUAAGAAUAACAUGAUCCCCGCUGGUCUAACCUGGGAGGAGAUGCUGCAUCCAUUAUAUCAGAAGUACAAAAAUUACAUCACGUGGGGAGACCAGGAUCUGCUCAAUAUCAUUUUCUAUUUCAACCCAGAGAACCUUUAUGUAUUUCCAUGUCAGUGGAAUUACCGCCCUGAUCACUGUAUGUAUGGAAGUAAUUGCAAAUCCGCAGAGGACGAUGGUGUGUCUGUUCUGCAUGGGAACCGUGGGGUUUAUCACGACGACAAACAGCCAGCCUUCAAAGCAUUCUAUGAAGUUAUACGAGAUUAUCCGUUUGAAGACAAUCUGUUUCAAUCCAUGUAUUACCCGCUCCAGACGAAAUUUCUAGAAAGUGUUCAUACGUUAUGUGGGAGAAUCCCACAGGUUUUCCUGAAGCAGAUUGAAAAGACUAUGAAAAGGAUCUACGAGAGGAGAGUUAUUGUCCAUGUGGGACCACGUGUACGGGACUGAGAACAUUUUCAUAUUCCUUUGCAGGACCAGGUGCAGAGGGUGGAAAUAACAUUCAAGGCUUCUUUACAGAAUUUAGAAUAUUCUGGAGCACAGACAUUUUUUUUUUAAUUGUACGGAGGCCUAUUUUUUACACCAAGGGGGUUAUUAGAAUUGUUUUGAAUUCCAAAUUUAAUUUGUAAUUACCCUGAAAGCAAAACUAUAACAUCUCUAUAAAUGACUGUUCCUCAUUCCCUCACAACAGCAAUUAUAUUAACAUGCUAACUGUGAUGAGCAAUACUGUGGAAGUAAGUAAAAAUCUUCACCUUCACUGUACUUUUGUAUUGAGGGUGAUGUCACUUCCCCAUGAUGCUUCAGACGAGUGCAUGUGAAUUCCAGCAUCUCAUCCACUGUGCUGUUUAUGCACAUAAACCAAUUUACAUAGCAUGCCUUGGAUUUGCCAGGACAGCGAAGAAUACCGUGAAAAUGAUAAGAUAAACAUGAUUGUGACUUUUUUAAACUAUGUUUCUUUCAAAGAAGCACAGACCAUACCACUAUCUUUUAGUUAACUAUCUGUGUGUGCAAAUAUUUCACUUAUGGCCAUUUUGCUUAAAGGCAAGCCUUCCUAGCAGUGUUGGAAAAGUUAUACAGCUUUGCUCUCUUAUCUCUUCAUAUAACUGCAUCACCAAAGGGUUGUACUGCAUAACUGCCAUAACUACUUCCUUUUUAAACAAAUUCAUAUUUAAGUUAAGCUUAUUAAAAUAAAAUUGCAGUUUUAAGUUUGGUGCUCAAAAGGUGUAUUUUAGAAAUGAGGGACAGUUAUUUUCAUAAACUAAACAAAACAAAAAAAAAAACAUUUUCAAGUUAAUAUUGAAGAAAGUAAUUCCUAUGCUAAAAAUAUAUCCUCUAUUGGUAAGGUAAAGUACUCCCAGAUGUUAACUAGUCGAUAUACUUUUUGUUUGAUAACCAAAACAGCAAUAAAUUGUAAUUCUCCCCGUC